AAUUCCAAUCAUCCGAGCCUGGUGCUGUCGCGUGCGGGAACCGUUGUUUUCCCGAGUCUAGGAGUCCAAGAAGGGGAGAUAUUACCGACACUCAGCUUCCCGACGAACACCACCCCUUACUAUCUCGACCCUUCCGGUUCCUAUAUCCUCGAUCGUCUUUAUAACCCUCCUCCAUGACGCUCGCCCGCGUCCGCCGAUGCCCGACCCCGCUUCCAUGAAGACAGGGCAGAUUACGGAACGUCUACUUCUCACAGCAUGUCGGACUCUGUAGAUCGCGUCUUCGUCCAUGCCUUAAAUACGGUGAAGAGGAUCCCCCGGACGGGGACCGCGCGUCCUCCGGCGGCGGAGCGGUUGAAGCUGUAUGGCUUGUAUAAGCAGAGUAUGGAGGGGGAUGUGGAGGGUGUGAUGGAUCGACCGAUUGGGAAUACACAGGAGGUUAUCGGGGAGUGCGAGAAGUGGGACGCCUGGUACGCCCAGCGCGGCCUCACGCGCACCGAAGCCAAACGCCGCUAUAUCUCGACCCUAAUCGAUACCAUGCAUCAAUACGCCUCCCAAACACCCGAAGCCCGCGAGCUAGUUUCCGAGCUCGAGUUCGUUUGGGACCAGAUCAAAUACAAUGCCUCUUCGUCUUCCUCUUCAAGUCCGUUACAUGCUGUCGGCGUCCCGCCCUUAUCGCGAAACCAGGGCAGUUCGUACGGGAGCAUAGGAGGCCGACUAGCAGGCUCGACAGAUGCCUACGACAGACCUAACGUCAGAGAUGACGGUCGGGAUUCACGAUUGCGUGUGCUUAGUCCUGUUAGCCAGCCCGAAGAAGAAGAGUACUACCGUCGACGCCGGUCAAUGGAUGUUGAAAAUCAAGCCGAUUUGGAUGAAGAUGAAGAAAACGAGGAGUAUGAAGAAGCGCGUGACAGUCUAUAUGAAGAAGCAGAGGCCGCAAGCACGAAUACAGAUACUCGCUCUGGCACGGAGCACACUACUUCGCAUAGCCACGACCGAAGGCGGCACCAGCAAGGCGCCAGCAUGGACAGCGGCAGUGGCGUCGAGAGCCACCGACUCUCACGGCGCGAUUCACACGAUGUACCUCCCAAAGAUAGCCGAUGGCGGCGACGUGUUGAGCAAGCACUAACUAAAAUGACGGCCGAGAUCGCAGCAGUCCGCGAACAGAUGGAAUCUCGCACGCUGGCACAUCGACGACGAUCAGGCAUAUGGGCGUGGCUGAAAUGGAUUUUCUGGACGGCAUUCCGCCAAAUCAUCUGGGACCUAGCGCUGCUAGGUGCAAUUCUGAUCGUGAUGCGCGUACGCGGUGAUCGUCGGCUUGAGAAUCGUUUGCGUGAUGGUUGGACGGAGCUUAAGGCUAGGCUGGGCCGCUUCAAGCUUCUUAAGAGAGUCGGUGAUACUCGUCUACUCCCUUGA